AUGUUUAUGUAUGGCUUAACAGCUGGUUCGAUCAUUCCUUUGUCCGUUGUUUAUAUUAUCCGACCGGAAAGUUUAACAAAUCUCUUGGAAUUCGUUUCAUCAUCUUUGUUACUCGCCUUGAAUUGGUCUGAAGAUGUUGCUCAACGUUUCAAUCUAAGUCAUGAUUUAUUUUCUUCAACGCAUAAUACAAAUUCAAUCCUGCCGAGAAAGCUGUACAGUUGUUAUACGAUCGAGUCUUGGUACAAUUUAUUUUCAUGGAUAAUUUAUAUUUGUUUCGUCUUAUCACUGAUUAUAUUCAUAUUUAAUCAACGCUUUAAGAGUUCCAAUGAAUUGUUUUCGAAUGACGAGGAAACACCGAGCGAGCAAGAGUCGAUUGAAUAA